AUGCAAGCCACCUGGGUGGCUUUAGUCCAGUCACCAGGAGACGACGCUUUGGAGGAAGAGCGAGUGCUGCGGGAUCGGAAUUUCCCCCAAGGUCAAGACGAAGACCGCCCCAUUGCCUGGAAAGUCCAUUUUAGCCUGGGGAACAGCAGCCAGCCGAAUAACCAGUGUCGGAACUCUGUCCAAGGAAAAUUGUUGAUCACAGAUGAGUUGGGCUACAUCUGCGAAAGGAAGGACCUGCUGGUGAACGGGUGUUGCAACGUGGAGGCGCCUGGCGUCAAGUUGUACAGCUGCGACAGCUGCCUGCCCAGUGGCUGUUGCAGCGUCUACGAGGCCUGUGUGUCCUGCUGCUUACAGCCCAACAAGCAACAGCUCCUUGAGCAUUUUCUAAGCCGAGCGGCGCUGGCCUUCCGCAAUCUCUUCAUGGCCGUGGAAGAUCAUUUUGAGCUCUGUCUGGCCAAAUGCAGGACCUCCUCACAGAGCGUGCAGCAUGAAAACACCUAUCGCAACCCCAUUGCAAAAUACUGCUAUGGGGAGUUCCCCCCAGACCUUCUGUCGGUGUGAAAGAG